AACCUUUUUCAUUAGAAAAAUAAAAAUAAACUAUAAAAUCUCUUAUAAAGGAUCAAGAUGCUCUUCUGUGAAGGAUUUGGAACAUUAAUUAUACUUCAUUUUCAUUUUUAUUUUAGUUUUGUCAUUUUUAUUUUAAUUAUUUUUAUUUAAACAACAAAUGUCCUUUAUGGGAAACAAUCUGUUCAAGUCAGUAUAAAAAUGAAUCGUUUUCUUUUUAUUUAGAAAAAUGUACUCUCAUUUUUUAUAAGAUGUAAAGGAUGUAAUUUUUUUCCAAAUAAAAGAAAGUAUAAUAAUGUAUGUGGUGGGAGGGCAGUGAAAACUUAGAAGUGUUUACCCUUUUACCACCACGUGACAUUAAGAAUAAGAUAUACGGUUGAAGUGUUCACGGCUGAACUCUUUCUUUCUCUGCCAACCAAACCACACUGAGCAACACUCCAUUGGUCAGAGAAUGGAGAACGCAGAUUCUUGUAAACAUUUCAUCAAAGACGUUAAGCGCAUAAUCAUCAAGGUUGGAACUGCCGUGGUCACUCGCCAAGAUGGACGGUUAGCGGUUGGAAAAUUAGGGGCACUCUGUGAGCAGAUUAAGGAACUGAACUCUCUGGGUUAUGAGAUUAUUUUGGUGUCAUCAGGUGCUGUUGGCCUUGGUCGCCAAAGGCUUAGAUACAGAAAGUUGAUUAACAGCAGCUUUGCUGACCUUCAAAAGCCACAGGUUGAACUUGAUGGCAAGGCUUGUGCUGCUGUUGGUCAAAGCAGCCUCAUGGCUCUUUAUGAUACUUUGUUUAGUCAGCUGGAUGUGACAUCUGCUCAGCUUCUCGUGACAGACAACGACUUUAGAGACAAAGAUUUCAGAAAGCAGCUUAACGAAACUGUGAAAUCACUGUUAGGACUAAAAGUUAUUCCCAUAUUCAAUGAGAAUGAUGCUGUCAGUACUAGAAAAGCUCCAUAUGAGGAUUCUUCUGGCAUAUUUUGGGAUAAUGACAGUUUAUCUGCUUUAUUGGCUUUGGAAUUAAAAGCUGAUCUUCUUAUUUUGUUGAGUGAUGUAGAGGGUCUUUAUAGUGGCCCUCCAAGUGAUCCACAUUCAAAGCUUAUUCAUACGUACAUUAAGGAAAAACAUCAAAACGAAAUUACAUUUGGUGACAAGUCUAGAGUGGGAAGAGGAGGAAUGACUGCUAAAGUAAAAGCUUCUAUUCAUGCAGCUGAAGCUGGCAUUCCUGUUAUCAUUACCAGUGGUUUCGCAGCUGAAAAUAUCACAAAGGUCCUCCAAGGACAACGUAUUGGAACCCUCUUCCACAAAGAUGCUCAUAAAUGGGUGCCAGUGAAAGAAGUUGAUGCACGUGAUAUGGCAGUUGCAGCUAGGGACUGUUCCAGACGGCUUCAGGCCUUAUCAUCAGAGGAGAGAAAACAAAUUUUGCUAAAAAUAGCUGAUGCCCUGGAAGCACAUCAAAAAGAGAUCAGGAUUGAAAAUGAAGCUGAUGUUGCUGCUGCACAAGAAGCUGGAUAUGAAAAAUCCUUAGUUGCUAGACUGGUUUUAAAGAAUGAGAAGCUUGCAAGCCUUGCAAACAACAUUCGAAUUAUUGCAAAUAUGGAAGAUCCGAUUGGUCAAGUGUUAAAACGAACUGAGCUUGCAGAGGAGCUGAUUUUGGAGAAAACAUCAUCCCCAUUGGGAGUUCUUUUAGUUGUUUUUGAGUCUCGUCCAGAGGCACUUGUACAGAUAGCUUCCUUGGCAAUCCGAAGUGGCAAUGGGCUUCUCUUGAAAGGAGGCAAGGAGGCUAAGCGAUCGAAUGCAAUUUUGCACAAAGUAAUUACUGAAGCCAUACCAGAUACUGUUGGUCCAAAACUUAUUGGACUUGUGACAACAAGAGCAGAAAUUCCUGAGCUACUUAAGCUGGAUGAUGUGAUUGAUCUGGUGAUUCCUAGAGGCAGCAACAAACUUGUAUCUCAGAUCAAGAGUUCCACAAAAAUUCCUGUUCUGGGUCAUGCUGAUGGAAUUUGUCAUGUCUAUGUUGAUAAAUCUGCUGAUUUGGAGAUGGCAAGGCAGAUUGUACUGGAUGCAAAAAUAGAUUAUCCAGCAGGAUGCAAUGCCAUGGAAACACUUCUUGUUCACAAGGACUUAAUAGCGAAUGGUUGGCUCAAUAAUAUCAUUGUUGAACUACGGACAGAAGGUGUUACAUUAUAUGGAGGACCCAAGGCAAGUCCUCUGUUAAAUAUUCCACAGGCUCAUUCAUUUCAUCAUGAGUACAAUUCGUUGGCUUGCACUGUUGAAAUUGUGGAUGAUGUUUAUGCAGCUAUUGAUCAUAUAAAUCAUUAUGGAAGUGCACAUACUGAUUCUAUUAUCGCAGAAGAUCGUGAAGUAGCUGGUGUGUUUCUGCGCCAAGUAGACAGUGCUGCUGUUUUUCACAAUGCUAGUACAAGAUUCAGCGAUGGGGCACGAUUUGGACUAGGUGCAGAGGUUGGAAUAAGUACAAGCAGGAUUCAUGCUCGGGGUCCUGUGGGAGUUGAUGGACUGUUAACAACCAGAUGGAUUCUCAAAGGAAGUGGUCAGAUAGUAGAUGGUGACAAAGCAGUUAGCUACACCCACAGAGACCUUGCUGUUUGAUUGGUAAUUUUUGCUAGUAAAAAUUCAUGAAUGGAGAAGCAAGGAAUGUUACUAUGCUUAAUUUUUUUCUAGUGUCUCAAAUUGUACACUUGGAUUGAGGGGAGGGAUAUUUAUGCUACCUGUUGCGUUCAUGGUGCUGUACAAGAAUUGCUUCCUCCCCAAUGUUAGGAAAUUUAUGUUCAUUGUCUAGGAAUUUCUUUUAACUAAUAGCAAGUGAUUACAGUUGUGCAAAUAAAAAACUUCAGCUUUAGCUCCUCAAAAAAAAAAAAGGCUUCACUUAUUUCAUUGUAAUAAUGUAAUUUGCUCAUGUUAGUAAAGAGAAUUUGAAAGUGUCUCGUGGAUUCUUUGGUUCAAAGGGAGGAGGGAUUUAAUAGAGGGGACAAGAGGAAAGAAAAUAAAAUUAUCUCAAUAUUAAGAAGGAGGCAAAAAAGUUGGAGG